UUGAAUGGAUGUGAUUAGGCCUAACUCUGUGCUCGUUAAUGAAUAUCAUUAUGUGUUCCAACUGAAACUGAAGAAAGUAUUGCGUUGUUAUUGAGAGCAUGAUUCACAGCCCUUUAGUGAAGAUGAGCCGGACAAUGCAUUUCAAUUUCAGUUGGGAUGAAAGUAGUUCUGUAAGCAGUGGCCUCAGUGACACCUCUGACAACCUUAGUUCUGAAGAUUUAAAUGCAAGUUCAUCUCUCAACUCUUAUCCAACUACACCAGUUGCUUCCAGAAGAAAUUCUGGGAUAGCGCUCCGAACUGAUGCAGAAAAGCGUUCCAUGGUUGAGAGUGGUCUGACCUGGUACAGUGGUUCUGAAAGUAAAGGCCCGAAGAAGUCUGAGGGUGGCUAUGAUGCCAGCAAUCUUAAGAUGGAUCAAAACACAAAGUGGAGACGUAUCCGCACUGAGUCAGCAGAAGAAACGACAAAAGGAGAACUAAAGAAACAGCAAUCCACUGGACAAACCAGUUCACUGAAAAAGGGUGCAGCACCAGUUGGAGUAACUUCACCAAUGACCAGUUCAGGAGCAGGCUCUCUGAAAGUUGCUGGUAAAAUUGAUUCUAAAGUACAAGACAAAGGAAAAUUGGCUCUCAAAGGAACAACUUUGCAAAGAUCUUCAUCUGAUGCUAGCCGAGACAGAGUUGGAGAAACACGCAAACCUCCAUCAGGCAUUUCAAGACCUUCUACUGGUGGAUCUUUUGGUUACAAGAAGCCCACUACAGGCACAGCAACAGUGAUGACAUCUGGUGGGAACACGGCAUCAGCAACAAAAUCUCAGAAAUCUACAGGCAUCCCUGUGAAACCAACAAACUCCAGGAAAACCAGCCUUGAUGUUUCCCAAAACCACGAUGGCUUUAUGUCAUCAGGAGCGAGGACAGCUGUGCAAUAUCGUAGCUUGCCACGUCCAGCCAAAUCAAGUUCUGUUAGCAUCACUGGUCGCGGAGGGGUAAAUAGGCCUGUUAGUAGCAACAUUGACCCAAGCCUCAUUAGCAGCAAGCAUGGAAGCAUCCCAGUUUCCCGACUGAAAGAACCCUCAAAAAUUGGUAUGGGGCGAGCAAAUUCAGUGCCAGUGAAUCAAACUGAUCGUGAGAAGGAGAAGGCAAAAGCAAAGGCAGUUGCUUCUGAUUCUGAGUGCACAACUACAUCAAGUUCUACAAAGGCCUCUCCAGCUCCAGAAAGUCACAGUAAACCACAAGGAAUGCGACAGCAAAGCUCCAAAUUCUCAGAGAUAUCUUCUCCAACAGCACAAAGGGUGAUAAGUUCAAAAGGAAUCAGCAAACCACCACCAAUAGCCAAUAUUGACAAAAUCAAUUCGAAUAGCUUGGACUCUGCAACCUCAGGACAUGUCUCUAUGACUAGCAAUGUUGCCAAUGAAACUGUGACCAAAACCCCUGAUGUCCAGUCAACCGCAAUCAGUUUGGCUCCAUGUUUAACACCCAGUCCUGCCCCUGUUCUUAAUGUAAAUUCUAGUACCUUUAGUCAGGGCCUUGGUCUAGUUAGCAAUUUCACAAGCAACAAAGAAAGUCUAAUGUACCCUAAACUUAGUAGCCUACAUACCAGCAUGGAAUCUUUGGAUCUCCCAUUGAGUGUUCCUUGUUCAUUCUCUGCGAGUGGUACACUUUCAAGGGAAGAGGAUCACACUGGGCUUGCAUGGACUGGGAGUUCCAGAUUCUCACAAAUGGAGAGUGCACAACGUGACAGAAAUACUCUGCCGAAAAAAGGACUAAGAUAUGGAACAAGUUCACAGCAGGACGACAAGGAAUGGCUCCAUGCACGUUCUAUUGGAGGUCCUGUAGACUCGGAGAGCCAGUUACUCUCUUCCCCAUCAGCAGUUCCAUUAUCAAACUUGGCAAGCCCGACUGGAGUGUCCCAACUGGGCAGCCCCACUCCGAAAAUGAUGCGGUCAAACAGCAUUCCAACUCAUGAUUCCUCUUUCGAUUUGUAUGGAAGUUUGCAGAUGGGAAGCACAGUUUCUUUGGCGGAAAGACCUAAAGGAAUGAUCCGCUCUGGAUCAUUUAGGGAUCCUGUGGAUGAAGUUCAUGGCUCAGUGCUUUCACUCUCCUCCACAACAUCAUCUGUUCAUUCCACAAGUGAAGACAAGGCCCAAGGAGAGCAUAUUCGCAAACUGCGUAGGGAACUGGAGUCCUCACAUGACAAGGUUUCUGCACUUACAUCACAACUAUCUACAAAUGCUCAUCUUGUGGCAGCAUUUGAACAAAGUUUGACGAACAUGACAUCUCGUUUACAGAGCCUCGCUUUGACAGCAGAGCAGAAGGAUUCAGAGUUAUUUGAUCUCAAAGAAACAAUUGAUAUGUUGCAUAAAAAGAAUGCAGAAGCACAAGCUGUAAUACAGGGAGCAUUGAACAAUCCAGACUUGACACCCAAAGAAUUGCGUAUAAAAAGGCAGAAUUCAUCAGACAGUAUCUCCAGUCUCAACAGCAUCACAAGCCAUUCCAGCAUAGGGAGUGGUAAAGAUGCUGAUGCCAAAAAGAAGAAGAAGAAAAGCUGGUUGCGAAGCUCAUUUAAGCAAGCCUUUACCCUCAAAAAGGCUCCGAAAUCAGCAUCUUCCUAUUCCGACAUUGAAGAAAUAGCAACACCAGAUUCUUCGGUGCCAUCUUCCCCUAAAGUACAGCGUGAAGAUGCAGAUUCAACAGCCUCCACCAAACCAUCACAUUCAUCCACUGAGGUCUAUGAUUCCCGUGAACCUGAGUUGAAGGAAGUAUCAAACCUACGGAAUGAGUUGUGGGAUAAGGAAAGGAAAUUAACAGAUAUCCGCCUUGAGGCUCUUAGUUCAGCUCACCAGCUGGAGCAGUUACGAGAAGCCAUGCAUAACAUGCAGGUGGAAAUUGAGGCAUUAAAACUGGAGAAUGACCGUCUCAAAGCAGAUACCGGCUCUGGGACAUCACAGACCGUCACAUUAUCAUCUGCCACCUCCUCUCCUCGGCGAUCAUUGGGACUCACCUUAGCUCACUCAUUCAGUCUCAGUCUGACAGAUUCCGUUGACCAAGAUGUAUCACCAAUGGAUGGAGUGACUAGUUCAUCCCUGAAAGAGGAAAGGAAUGUUCGAAUUGUGGUUCACCUCACCGAGGAACAGAUUUGCAAUGAAACCCAAAAGCAGCAAGAAUUUUUCAUUGGUUCCACCAAAGUAAAUGCAACAACUGACUGGACUAUGUUAGAUGGAGUUAUCUGUCAAGUAUUUAAGGACUACAUUACAAAGGUGGAUCCAGUUUCUAGUCUUGGAUUGAACACAGACGCCAUUUACUGCUACAGCAUCGAUCACGUAAAACGUGUAUUUGGAACAGAUGCACCAGACAUGCUGCCCUAUAGAUAUAUGGGAAAAGAUUCCACAUUCUCUGUAACUUUGAAAGGAUUGAAAGAGAAAAGUGUGGACAGUUUGGUUUUUGAAACCCUAAUUCCGAAACCGAUGAUGCAGCAUUACAUCAGCCUUCUCCUGAAACAUCGAAGGCUUAUUUUGUCAGGGCCCAGUGGGACUGGGAAGUCCUACCUAUCCAUUCGCUUGGCCGAGUACUUGGUUCAGAGAUCAGGACGAGAGGUCACGGAUGAAAUCAUUGUAACAUUUAAUAUGGACACACAUUCAUGCAAGGAUUUGCAGCUGUAUCUUUCCAAUCUUGCCAAUCAAAUUGACAGAGAAACCAGCACUGGGAAUGUCCCAUUGGUGAUAAUCCUUGAUGACCUCAGUGAGCCGGGUUCCUUGAGUGAACUUGUCAAUGGUGCUCUUACAUGCAAAUAUCAUAAAUGCCCAUAUGUAAUUGGAACGACUAACCAGCCUGUCAAAACAACACCAAACCAUGGCCUUCACCUCAGUUUCAGGCUGGUGCCAUUUUCAAACAAUGCAGAGCCUGCCAACGGAUUUCUAAGUCGCUAUUUACAACGGAAACUGAUUGAAUCAGAAAAUGUUGCAAAUGCAAACAACAAUGAAAUCCUCAAUAUUCUUAACUGGGUGCCAAAGUUAUGGUACCAUCUCCAUACAUUUCUGGAAAUGUAUAGUACAUCUGAUUUCCUUAUUGGUCCUUGUUUUUUCCUGUCCUCUCCAGUCAAUGUGGCCGAGUUCAGGGAAUGGUUUAUUGACUUAUGGAAUUAUUCCAUUCUCCCCUAUCUUCAGGAAGGAGUUAAUGAUGGCAUCAAGACAUAUGGACGAAAGGCUGUGUGGGAAGAUCCCGCUAAGUGGGUGCAGGAUACUCUACCUUGGUCAACUGCUUCACAAGAUCGCUCCAAGAUCUUCCAUUUGCCUCCACCAAGUACGGGAUCCCAGGUUCCAGGUCCUCCAUCGGACAAAAGAAAGAUCAAAGAGACCGCACCGACUUCACUUGAAUCAGACCCACUUAUGACAAUGCUACUGAGGCUCCAGGAAGCAGCCAAUUAUACCCAAAGUUGUGAAGGCGAAAACAUCAUGGAAUCGUCUUUGCAAUCGACACAUUGAGAGGAAAAAUGCAUCAAGGAAUAUGGGAGCCAUCUUGUUUUUAAUCAUGCCACAACUACACUUUGGAUAUUGUAGUCAUGAAACAGAAGUAUAUUCUGUCAUAGAUGUAGUUAGGUAGAGGGCUAAAUUAAUGGAUGGGUAAAAUUGUAGGUGUAAAGCCCAAAAUCAUAUGUAAGUUAACUGUGAUCAUUUAUUGUAAAUCAUAUUACCUAGCCAUCUGGAAGAAAAAGAAACAUCUAACUAUAUGGACUGUUAAUGCUGUAUUUGUACUUUAUAAUUCAAACUUCAAAAGUGCAUGGCAAUCAUUUAAGCAGAAACAAAUAAGAUUUUAGUGAGCUUUAUUAAGGUUAACUCCUCAUCUACAACUCAAACAAUUAUAGGAGCCAUCGCUGUUCCACUACUGCUGCCAUCUCAGAUGUCACACUGGUGCUGAUUGGAGAACCUCUCCACUAAUUUCUACCACUUAUCGAGCUCAACACCUCAUUAGUUCACACAGCUAAGAUGUGAAUCAUGGUGAAACCACUAAAGCAGAAAUUUGUUGUUUUCCAAGUUCUAACCUAGUAAUUGUUCAUCUUGUAAUUGAAAUAUCUUUGUGCCCUGAAUUUAAAAGUGAAAUGUUUUCUGAAAUUAGGAUGUGCUUUCAGUUUUAAGGUGGUAAUGCGAAUAUAUUCUAUCACUGUUCUUGGUAGGGUGAAAUAUUCCAGGUUACUGGGCACUUAGAACAUAGAACAUAGAAAAAUACAGCACAGAACAGGCCCUUUGGCUCACAACGUUGUGUCGAAGAUUAUUCCUAAUCUAAAAUAAGAUAGUCAUGAUUUGGAGAUGCCGGUGUUGGACUGGGGUGUACAAAGUUAAAAAGUACACAACACCAGGCUAUAGUCCAACAGGGUUAAUUGGAAGCACUAGCUUUCGAAGUGCCGCUCCUUCAACAGGUGGUUGUGGACAACCUGAUGAAGGAGCGGCGCUCUGAAAGCUAGUGUGCUUCCAAUUAAACUUGUUUGACUAUAACCUGGUGUUGUGUGAUUUCUAACUGGAAUAAGAUAACCUUACCUACGCACCCCUCAAUUUACUGCUGUCCAUGUGAAUGCCCAGCAGUUGCUUCAAUGUCCCUAAUGACUCUGCUUCCACCACCACUGCCAGCAACGCAUUCCAUGCAUUAGUACUAAAAAUGGUGAUUCCCAUCCUAUGCACUCUGGAUGCAGAGGCAUAAAUUAAAGAUAAAGGCCAUCAUAUUAGAAGAAAUAUUUUUCUUCUGCAUUGAAUUGUACCUGAUUCCUGCCUAUGUUUUAGUUUCCAAAAUUUCCAGAAUUUGAGGAAAAAUCAACUGUCAAGCACAAGAUCAUCAACAAAUAAAUAGCAAUGUGGCUGUGUUCUCUGAUUCAAUGUCCUGCUAAAUGCAAUUACUACUUCAUAAAAAUAUGAAAACUAUAUAAACAAGGAAACAGUUGCUGAAAUCUUACUAAAGCAACAUUCCAUUUCACAUCUAACACUAGACAUUCGUCCUGUACAAUGGCAUGAAACCGGCAACCAAAGAUAAUUUUACAUGAGGGAAAUUGCUGGCUACUAAUCCUUUCUGAAAAUUUUCGAGUGGUCGCUAUUUUCAAAUGUGAUCUAUAUACUAUGGUAUUAUGAACAUCAGUAGCAUAGGUUUGUUGCAGCCAAAUCUGACAACAAAGAACAUCCAUUUCUGAUUACAAAUGUCAAUUUUCUAAAGGAUGUUCUAUCAAGGUUCUGGAAUUUAUAUAAUUGACGUUUAGAUGUGCAACUAUACCAUGGGACUUUAAAUGUAGCUCUUUCAAGAAAUCUUUUACCAUUUUCUAAACUUCUGCCUCCUGAUCUAACAACAAUGCUCCCUGUCCUUACUUGCAACUGUUCCCAUUUUAACAGAAGGUUGUCAUUGUGCAGAAGUUAUUACUGAUUUGUAGGAUAUUCAAGUAGAAAUGGCAUAUUGCAAAAUUAGUUAUACAACUUAAUGUAAAAUUCUGAAAGUAUUGCAGUACGUCAAAGUAGUUUCAUCAGGCAGCAGCAUAGAAACACUGCCUGUCAAAAUAAGAAUUUUUAUUUGUGCUGCAUUAUUGACCAGUCUUCAGCAGGAAAGUGGAGAUUAUGAUCAUGAACCUGAGCAAAGAAAGUGCAUUUCAGGUCAUAGGAUUUUAUUUACAAUCAGCCAUAUUCAACUAUAACAUAGUUGGACAUAUGAAUCUUGCAACAUUUCUAUCAAGUGUU